AUGAACCACGAUAUGCCUGGUCAUGAUAUGCCUGGCCAUGAUAUGCCUGGCCAUGAUAUGCCAGAUAUGUGCAAUAUGAACAUGAUAUUUACCUGGGACUGGCAGAACACAUGUGUUGUGUACAAGUGGUGGCACGUCAAGACCAUGCCUGUAUUUUUGGCUACCAUGGUGGCACUUGCUAUUUUUUCGAUGCUCUUUGAGUACUGUAGAGCCUGGUCUGCCGCUUGGAGGAGAAGACAGGUUGCUUCGGUCCCUAUUGCAGAAAACUACACGCCUCGAAACGCUUCCGUCAGAUUAAAGUCUGCUGUUAUGUAUGCUGGCUUGGUUGGCUAUUCGUUUAUGCUUAUGUUGGUGUUUAUGACGUAUGUUGGGUGGUACAUGAUUGCAGUGGUUGUUGGAGCGGGUAUAGGCAACUAUUUGUGGACUGCUGAUAGCCCGGAGACCAAGGCGUUGAUAUGCCACUAG